AUGACUUCUAGAGCUGCCUCUAUCUUCAAGAAUGCUUCCUCCAAGGUGUUGCGCCUCGGUAUGAUGCCUGCCGACGGUAUCGGUCGCGAGGUUCUCCCUUGCGCUCAACGCGUAUUGCAGAACACUCCCGGUGCUCCCAAAUUCGAGUUCGUCCACCUCGAUGCUGGUUUCGAGCACUUUCAGAAGACCGGCUCAGCGUUGCCAGAGGAGACUGUUAAGGCGCUCAAGGACGACUGCCACGGUGCCAUGUUCGGCUCGGUCUCGAGUCCUUCCCAUAAGGUGGACGGUUACAGCUCGCCUAUCGUCAAGUUGAGGAAAGAGCUUGAUCUGUAUGCCAACAUUCGACCUGUCAUUGGCGUUCGUGGCACCAAGGACGAAGAAAAGUUUAUCGACAGUGUGAUCAUUCGUGAGAACACUGAGUGCUUGUACAUCAAGUCCGAGACCAGCGAAAGCGGUCCCGACGGUCAAAUUGCACGAGCUAUUCGUCAGAUCACCGAAAAGGCCUCCACCCGCAUCGGAAAGAAAGCCUUCGAAGUCGCCCUUGCUCGCCAAGAACUUCGCAAGACCACCCAGCCCAACUAUUCUCCCACUGUUACCAUCUGCCACAAGUCCAACGUGCUUAGCGUCACCGACGGUCUCUUCCGUACUUCGGUCCGAGGCGUUUAUGAGAAGGACCAGAAGUCUAACGGCGGUGCCGGCAGGUAUGAGGGCGUCAAGCUUAACGAGCAGCUCGUCGACUCGAUGGUUUACCGUCUCUUCCGUGAACCUGAGGUGUUUGAUGUUGUCGUUGCUCCCAACCUUUACGGUGAUAUUGUUUCGGACGCUGCCGCUGCUCUUGUCGGCUCGCUUGGCCUCGUGCCUUCCGUUAACGCUGGUGACAACUUCUUCAUGGGAGAGCCCGUCCACGGCUCAGCACCAGACAUCGCAGGUCAGGGCAAAGCCAACCCCAUCGCCUCGAUCCGCUCUGCCGCGCUCAUGCUCGAAUACAUGGGCUACACCGAAUCCGCUCUCAAGAUCUACACCGCCGUCGACGCCGUCAUCCGCGAGGGCAGGUAUCUCACUCCUGACCUCGGAGGCUCGGCUACCACUACUCAGUGCGAAGAGGCUAUUCUCAAGAAGAUCAACGAUGCCUAA